AUAUUCCAAACAGAAGAAUACAAAAAUUAGGUUAUGGAAGUAAAGUUUAAAAAUUAAAAUGAACAAAUUAUUUACAAGGUUGAUUUCUAAAUCUUUAAACAAAUUAUCGAAAACUGAUAAAUUGGCAAGCACUUAUAAGGCAGCUGUCAUAGCAGAAAUAGGGAAACCUUUAGAAAUACAAGAAAAAAAAGUACCGAAAUUAAAACCAAAUCAAGUUAGGGUACAAGUUGUUUAUUGCAGUGUAAACUCGGUGGAUUGCCAUAAAUUUAGAAAUGACAGUGACCAAUUACCGUUUAUUCCUGGAUAUGAAUUAUCAGGGGAAAUUUUAGAAAAAGGAACUGAGGUUAAAGAUGAGGUUAUUAGGAUUGGAGAAAGAGUUGUUGGCUUAAAUCUUUUACAUUUCGGAGGCUUUGCCGAACAAUGCGUGCUAGAUAUCAAUGAUGUAUGGAGGAUACCGGGGGAUUUAGAAAGGAAAGAUGCUGCAGUCAUAGCUUAUGGUCAUUCUACUGCUCUUUAUACGUUUUCAAAAUUAUCUACUAUCAAAGAAAAAGAAAAAGUUAUAAUUUCAGCUGGUCCUGCUGGAAUGGGCUUAGCAGCAGUGGAUAUUGCAGCAAAUGUUUACAAGGCACAGGUUAUCGGAUUGGUAGAUACAGAAGAGAGAGGUGAAUUAGUCAGACAAAGAGGGGCAUUUGAGACUGUUAGUUUUUCAGAAAAAUUACCCAAAACAUGUAUGGCAGUGACUGAAAAUAAAGGAGCAAAUGUAGUCUAUGAAGCAGUAGGAGAACAAAUGGAGCUUAUUGGAAAAUGCGUUGCUGUUGGAGGAAAACUAUUUCAUGCAGCUCCAUUCUUUUACAAGACAAUCCCAGCUCCAACGCCUCACACAUUCGCUUCAAUUGUUAGUCUUAAAGAACUGAAAAAGCAAAAUAACAACCUGUAUAGAUCCAUAGUCAAUGAUACUCUUGAAAUGGCAAACGAUGGGCUAAUAAGUGCUCAUAUAAGUGCUAAAUUUAAUUUGACACAAGUGAAUGAAGCAAUAAAAUUUAUUGAUGAUAAGAAAUGUACUGGUAAAGUACUUAUAUACAUUGAUAACUAAGUUGCGAUUAUUAAACAAGUAUUAUUUAUUAGGUAAUAACAUAAAUCGAUUCUGUUAUUUGAUUUUAAAACUUUUUAGUUAUAGAAUACUUUACAUUGUCUUACCUCGUAAUUGCUUAUAUAAAAUAAAACUAUUUAUCUAUUA